AUGAGCGACUCUGCCACCUCGUUAUAUCGGAACCUUCUCCGUCUGCUCCAUGAUCCAAUAUACCCGCCGCAGCUGUCAGUGGCUCUGCAUUACCAUAAUUCCCAUCCUAUUCGCAUUCGAUCAGCACGUUCCUACAAUCUUCUCCUUGAGCUCGCUAUUCGAUCCACUUAUUUCAGCACAGCCAGACGCUUAUUCGCAGAAAUGCGUACCUACGACAUAAGCGGUAAUAUCGAGACCCUGAAGUUGCACGUUCGGUUAUUGGUGCUCACAGGCCAUUGGACGGCCGCUUGGGACAUGGCUAUUCGUUCUUCAUCCCACCAAUACCCUCGUUCCCGUCUUGCCGGACUCGGCUCAGUAAAGCGGGGGAAGGAGAUCGCUCUACCUGUCUGGCUCGAGCUAUUUCGUUCUCGGAAACGAACUUCAUCCAAUCGACGUCAAGCAUCCUUUCAGCAUGCCCUUUCUGAAGAUCUCGCAGAUUCGGUAGCCGAUUCCAAAACUAUCCAAGCAUCCCAAUUCAGAAAGUUGAUGACGACCUUUCCCAAACUCACACCCAAGGAAUCUGCCAAAGUGCCAGUGCGAGUCAUUUACCACAUGACAAUGACAAUGCUGCGCUUGGGCCAAAGAGGCUCCGCUCGGGAGAUUGUGGAUACUUACCUGAGAAGUCUGUCGCCAAAUGCAUCAUACCGACGAUGGCGCGCGUGCCUCGAUGUCAUCCAUCUCUUUGUACGCUUCACACCUACCCCACGAGGGAUCAAGAGGCAUCAUGAAGCGCUCCAGUCAUGCCAGGAGCUGUUAAACUGCCAUUCUUCUCUCCGCGCUACAUCGACAACUUUACACUUACUGCUGGGCACGUUGCAUCGUACCCUGCAUUGCGGGACAGCAGGAUACAAGCUUCUCCGUGCAUUCAGGUCAAAAUGGGGACCUCGUGUUGAGGACCGCAGGGUUAGACGGCAGAUUGCUUCGUACGCUCUGAAGGAAGGACGACUGGAUAUAGUGAAGUUGAUGAUUGACGCUGAAAAAGGUUCACGGGUCGAAUACGGGGUCUGGCGCACGCAGACGGAAGCGUUGGGGAGCAGUUCACGUGUGCCUACACGCCGGUGUCGAAGACGGGUGUUGCUGGCGGGCAGGGGCAAAGAAGAGGCAAAAUGGAGGAAGUUGAUUUCUAAAGUGCGGAAGAAGCUAGGGGAGUGA